GUAAAUACACUCGGCUCAAACAGCAGCGUGAGUGGUGUCUUCGUUUUCAUUUCUCAGGAUUUCAAGGCUCUUUUGGACACAAGACUUCAAUCUAUUUUCAUGAGAGGAUUGUUGAGUUCUCACAUUUUUCAUCUUAUUUCUGAAUUAUUUUUUUUCCCUUCUUUAUUCUCCCUGGGAACAUCUCAGAAUGAGCGGUUUCCCUAAUCACAGGUUCAGAAUGAGGAUCUGUUUCUGCUCUUCUGGAUAUUAAGUUGAGAGCAACCUGAUCCCGGAGUUGUUUUUUGCGUGACGUGUGACGGCAGCGUGCCUCCGUGUUAAAUGCCAGGUGGAUAAAAUUGGGUUGAAGUUGGGGAAGUGAAUCAUUGGUGAUGUCACUGCAUGACGUACUGUUGGACAACCACCUGGCAAAACUGUCAAGCAAAGUGAGAGAUGCAGUGAAGAAUAACCAGCGCUCCACCCGUCAAAGGUUAAACACUCACCAGGAAGUGGAGGUGCAGGAUGCAGUCUCUCGCCCAGGAGCAGCCACUGGCCCUCGCUGCAGUCAAGUCACACUAUCCGACCAAUGGGAAAGAAGAAGAGGUGAACACAGAUGCUGAUUCCAUGGAGGAAGAGGCAGAGUUUAACUGGGAGGAGUACAUGGAGGAGACGGGGGCCAACGCCGCCCCUCACACCACCUUCAAACAUGUGGAGAUCAGCCUGCAGAGCAGCUUCCAGCCUGGUAUGAAGCUCGAAGUGGCCAAUAAGAGCAGCCCGGACACAUACUGGAUGGCCACCAUCAUCACCACAUGUGGCCAGCUGCUGCUGCUGCGAUACAGCGGCUAUGGCGAGGACCGCAAGGCCGACUUCUGGUGUGAUGUGAUGACGGCCGAGCUGCACCCGGUGGGCUGGUGCACCCAGAACAACAAGACCCUCAUGCCCCCUGAAGAUAACAUUUACCUAAGAAAAGCCAUCAAGGAGAAAUACAGCGACUGGACAGAGUUUCUGGUUCAGGACCUGACCGGCGCCAGGACAGCACCAGCCAACCUGCUGGAGGGGCCUCUGAGAGGGAAGAACACCGUAGAUCUGAUUGUUGAAGGCUCUGUCCUGGAGCUUCAGGACGUCUCGUGCCCGUUGCUUUACUGGCCUGUCCGGGUCACCCAGAACGUCGGAGGUAGACUCCGCCUGCGCUACGCCGGCCUCUCUGAGGACCACCAGGCUCAGGACACCUGGCUGUUCUACCUGGACGUCAGGCUCCGCCCGCUCGGCUGGGCUCUGGAAAACCGGCUCGCCUUAGAACCGCCUACAGGUAUCAGGUCCUUAAAGAGCGCCCCCGAUUGGCAGGAGGCUCUGGAGGACGCUCAACUCGAUGGACAGAAGAACCCUCUGCUGCUCGAGGUGUUCAAGGACCAUGUAGACUUGCCUGAACACUCCUUCAAGACGGGGAUGAAGUUGGAGAUGGUUUCGCCGUGGGAUCAGCUACAGAUCUGCCCCGUUUCUGUCACCAAGGUCUACAAUGAGAUCUACUUCCAGGUAACGCUAGACGAUCUCUCCGUUGACCUAAUACCGCGGUUUGUGCUGUGUCACGCCAACUCGCCCGGCAUCCUGCCCGUCCAGUGGUGUCUAAAGAACGGCGUGGGUCUGGAGCGGCCCCGGGGCUAUGAGGGCCAAGACUUUGACUGGGCCGACUAUCUGAAGCAGAGCGGGACAGAGGCGGCCCCUGAUGCCUGCUUUCCUGAUACAUGGCAGAACAGAGGCUUUGCCAAGGACAUGUGGCUGGAGGCGGUGAACCCUCACCGGCCAGCGGAGGUGUGUGUGGCUCAGAUCACACAGGCCAGAGGACGCCUGCUGUGGCUCCGACUGGAAGGUGUGGCGAAGCCUCUGUCAGAGUGUAUCGUAGAUGUCGAGUCUAUGGACAUCUUCCCUGUCGGCUGGUGCGAAGCCAACGCUUACCCUCUGACCCAUCCACUCAAACCUGUCUGCCAGAAGCAGAAGAAGAUAGCGGUGGUCCAGCCAGAGAAACAGUUGGCUCCGUCCCAGCCGUUAGAGCCGGCUCCUGUCAACCUCUGCCAGACCGUCACCACGGAUCCAGGCUCUGUCAAUGGCAGAUACUGCUGCUCCAAGAUUUUUGUCAACCACCGCUGUUUCUCAGGACCCUACCUCAACAAGGGACGGAUCGCGGAGCUGCCGCAGGCUGUCGGGCCCGGAAAAUGCACGCUGGUCCUCAAAGAGCUGCUGAGCAUGCUGAUCAAUGCCGCCUACAAGCCUGGACGAGUCCUGAAGGAGCUGCAGGAUCUGGAGGAUACGAGCUGGGACAGCCAAGAGGAGACUCUCAAAGCCAAAUAUAAGGGGAAAACUUAUCGCUCCACCAUCCGGUUAGUCCGCCUUACAGACCAGAUCCCAGACUUCUGCCGUAAGGUGUGCGUGAAGCUACAGUGCUGCCCCAACCUCUUCAGCCCCGUCCUCGUUACCGAAAAGUGCCCGGAGAACUGCUUCGUUCAGACAAAAACCAAAUACACCUAUUACUAUGGGAAGAAGAGGAAGCUGUCCAAGACGAUGGGAGGAGAGGAGGCAGCCGAGGGAGACCUGGCCAAGCCGACGCGCCGCAGAAAGAAGAGGAAAGCUAUCUUUGUGCAGAAGAAGAGACGCUCGUCAGCUGUGGACUACACUCCUGCUGGCUCGCCGCAGGACAGUGAAGAGGAUGAAGAGAUGGCAUUGCAAUCGGGCAGCGAAGGCACCAGCUCAGAGCCACGCGAGGACCACACAGACACCUCCUCAGUGGAGGUAACCAGCAGCCGGCCACGCCGGGCCGCGGCUCUGCGCAGGGCCUUUAGUGCCGGCCACAAUACGGGCAACCAGGAGGCCCCCGAGGGCUGCAGGAGGUCGACCCGCUCGCUAUCGGCGUACAACCAGAACAACAAGUACCAGCCACCCAAAGGACAAGACAUGCAGGUGAUGGUGGAGGAGGAGGGACAGCUGGUUUUGGACAGAAAUCCUCUGGAGUGGAGCGUAGACGAAGUCGUUCAGUUUAUCAACUCUACUGACUGUGCAUCCCUGGCCAACAUCUUCAAGGAGCAGGACAUCGACGGCCAGGCCCUGCUGUUGCUAACUCUGCCCACCGUACAGGAGUGUAUGGACCUGAAGCUCGGCCCCGCCAUCAAACUUUGUCACCAGAUAGAGCGCGUCAAGGUUGCCUUUUACAGACAGUUUGCCGACUGAAGUGAACUGAAGGAGCAACACUGAACACCACCUUAGUGGAAAUAGAUGUUGUGGUCCUGCACAACUGGGAACUAACUGUUGGAUUAGGUGCCUCCUGGUGGAAAGUUUUGGCAAUGUGAAAGUUUUUACUUUUUUCCAACUAGCAAGAAGAAAGGAUAUUUUUGCAGCGGUUGCAUUGGCACAAAUAAGCACAAACUGAAGUUACAACCGAAGGUUUCCCUAUGAGAAGUUGAAGGAUUCAUCUCUGGGAUACUGUCGGGUGUGAAAAUGUGAUGCAGUACCUAAGUCCGUCAAACCACAUCGGAGUCGAUCCGUGUGCUUUACUGAUUUGUGAAGAAGUUAUUAUGAAAAGCUGAGGACUGAAGACAUUUGUGUUUAUUUCUUAUUUUUCAUUUCCAUGUGAUGAGUUGAGUCAUAGCAUUUAAGUUCAAAAUAAUUAUUGACCAUAAAAAGUUUGUCCCUUUUUGUGAGACAUGAUUGGUUUAGAAACAAAAUAUAUUUGAAAGUAUUUAACAAACCAAGAAAUAAUAUAUUUGAAAUAAUUAUUGUUAUCCUUAUUAAAUAGGAGAAUUCUAUCCAUUUGGAUGGAGAGGAAUUAAUUAAUAUAUAAUAAAGUCAACACAAAUUCCUUUUGCACUAAAACAAACCCCUAGCAGAUAUUUCACAAACAGAAACAUGAUCUGCAUCUAUUUAGAUCUCCACUUCUUUUGUAUUUACACAGCAACAAAAAGGUCUCUGGGGAAUAACACCCUCUAAAAUACUUUGUGUUGUGUUGCUCAUUUCUCAUUAUUGCAAUCACAUCAAACAAUCAUGUCCAUCUAUGCAAAUAUGUUGCAGAUAUUUUUGAUAAGUACGAAAAUAAAUAUCUGUUGAUUUUGUA